ACUUUACAAAGAUCAUAUUAAAGAAAAGUAGGUAAAUAUCUGUAAAUAUAUAACGCUGCUCCAAAUGAAACGAAAAUACUGGGGCUCCUUCGAGGAUGACAGCGACAAGAAAAAGGAAGUUGCCAGUACCGAAAUAAUCUUGCCCAUGACAAAGAUGGAAAAAUUCCAACAGAUCAAAUUACCAUACACCAUCACCCGUGAAAAACGCCUCCCUUUGAAAAACCCGCUCGUUACCCAAACGGUCGAAGUAAUGAAUCAGACCGAGAUGAUUCAAACACUCAUCGAUACAUAUUCGACCAAGUCCGGAUACAGCUAUAUCCUCAAUCCGUGUCAGCUGAUGCCGAAUAUUGACUUUCCUCCGGCCAACACUGCCGAUCUGACAAAGAACGAGAAAAUCACUCGACCUUUGUGGUUCGUUCAUCCUCACGACAGCAAAUUUACCCGAGGGGAACCGAAAAACUACCCAAAAUUGACCAGACCGGUUCUGAUGCAAGUGCACCGCAAGGUCAUCUGUGGUUUGCUAAGGGUGGCCGGCUUUUCCGAGAUCAACGAGUCAGCAUUGAUCAUGAUGGUCGAUGGGGUGGAUCAGUACAUGCGGAUGCUGUGUGAAGCAAUGCGAGAUGUCCUGGUUAGUGAAAAUCGCGAAACGGAGUCCUUCCUGGAUAUUUUGACACUGGAGAAGGGUUUCCAUUCGGUUACCAAGCGAAGCGUUACUAGUUUGCAUAACUACUACAAAGAGAUCGGGAAUAAGAAUAAGAAUGAGAUCAGGGAAUUCAAGGACAUCUUCCAAGAGUAUGAUAAGCUGAUGCAGGAGAAUCACCUAUCGGCUGCGCAGAGUAUGCAAUCCAGUAGCAAGAUGGGUGAUAUCAAAGAAGAGGACUAUAUGAGUUUCCUAGACCCUGGACAAUCGCAGUCGUCCCAGGGAGGGGCGAAUAUGUCCGGAGUUCCAGACGGGACAUCCACGAUAAACAUCAUAAGUUUCCUCAACGGUGAAGGUGGAGGAUCAGGUCUAAAGGAUAUUCUAGACGGUAGUUUGUUAGAUUCCAACCGCGAUUCCACCGUAGAACACAUUGACCAGCAACAUUCACAAGAAUCGUAUCAUUCUGAGUCGUAAAUCAUCAGUCAUCUUAGUAUAUUUCUAUUAAAAAUCAACUGCUUAUCAA